AUAGUUUGUAUUCCCUUAUACGUUUUCCUUCAGGGCUCCGAACCAGUCUCCUAAACGUGCUUCUGUAGCUUCCCUGAUCUUGAGUUCUUAAUGUGACAGAUGAGCCAGAGAAGUCGUUCAUCCUGCUGCCGUCUACAUUCCUCCUGAUACACAUUUUUAAAAUGACAAUAAAUGAUUCUUCAAUCUUCUGUCCUGUUUGACCUUCUUUCUUUUUUUGUGUUCUCCUUGUCGUCCAUUUUGAAGACGUUAGCUAACACUGACGAUAACGCUGUGAAGUGACGUUACAGGACGAUGAUGAAGCGUAACGCUGCUAACUGAAGCGCACAUGUGAAACACAACCUGAGAGGCUCUACGCAACGCUCCUACAGGGAACAUGGUACAGUCCAGGACGCGUCACCCAUUGUUUACAAAUGAACUGUGGUUGUUGGUGACUGCCGAGUGGCGUGGUGAGAGCGAGGAGCAGCCCGGCGGCUCGCAGGAACACAACACACUCUCCGUACACACACACACACACACACACACUCAGGCACGACCUCCACCGCGAUGCCGUGCCGGAAGGAGAACUACAUCUUUCUGGAGCAGUCCGUCACCGUCGGCUCCAAAGAAGUGGACGCGCUGGUGACUAAAAUCGGCGAAGCGCUGCAGCUCCACAACAAUAGCAGCGGCCACCAGAAGAAGACCGUGUCCGUGUCCAUGUCCUGCCUGCACGGGCUCACCGGCAGCAGCACCGGCGGGGUCAAACCGACGGCCAUCAUCGGCGGUAGCGCUGGAGCUCCCGCGCAGAAACACCACGGCUGCUGCAUGCGGCUCCGGAACCGGGGACACCGGGGGAGCAGCCGGGCAAGCCCGUAUAACAUCCCCGGAUCUAACGGCGACCAGGACUGGGACCAAAUCCGACCGUGGAGCAGAAAGAGGAUCCCCGCGGAGGAGGACGACCCGCACCGGCUGCUGCAGGACUUAAUUCUCUCGGGGAACCUGAUUAAAGAGGCCGUGAGGAGGCUGCAGUUCUCGGCCGCAGACUGUGCAGAUUUCCCGAAGGCGGCGGACACUGUUCCGUCCUGAUGAAGCCCCGCUCGGCCCGGGGGGGGCCCGGCUCAAAACAAACUGAGACUGUUUAGAAUUAAAUGUCACAGUAUUGGUAGCUAUGUUUUUCUAAUUUCAUCCAUUUUCAUCGAUUUUUUUGUCUGUAACGUUUUGUUGGACAACAGUUAGCUUAGCUAGCCACCCGGCUAACGAGCCGAGUUGUUUAUGUUUGAAUGUCUCGCGGGAGGGGGGGUGGGGGGGGUCCGGACACCAGAAACACGUUUUGCCGACCUUUUUCAUUGGCAAGAAAUUACGUUUAUUUCCCCCUCCCCCCUUUUUAAAGGCUUAUGUCAUCCUCCCUGUGAUGUCAAAUGAAAAUGCACAUCAGAGCAUGUGUGUGUAAUUCUGUGAAGGGGGGGGGGGGGGUCCUGUGGAACCUAAACAAUGGGGGGGGGGGGGGUUCUUCUAUGUGCUGAAUGAGUCACAGUGCACAACGGCAGGAAGUCUUUUUCAUUUCUUAUUUACCAUCCUGGGCUGUGUUCAUGUGUUUUUGAGGGGGGGGGGGGUUGCUCAUGACUAGCCAUUCCCUGCUGUGGCAGACUGUUAAAAUGGGGGUUGGGUAGUUUAGUCCCAUUUUGUUUACAAUCUAAUGCUGGGUGUUAAUAGCUGCUGUGCAGAGAAGAGAGGUGACCCCCCCCCCUCAGUGGGGUGUCCUGCAGCAGCUCCUCAGCCAGACGACCCGGAGACACAAGCUAAUAUUUAUAAAAGCAGAUGUUCCAGGACGACAGCUGUCACAUCACAUCUCUCCUGGACCUGUCUGUUUCAGCGUAACAUGGACAACAUGUGGGGUGGGGUGGGGGGGGGGGGGGGUUCAUGGGAGAGGAGACUCCUUUCCCACGGGGCUUUGGGUGCUGUGUAACUGUUUGUAAUGUUUAGGGGGGGGGGUCAGAUGCCAACACUUCUGUGGUGCUUUCACCUUUUUGGAAUUCCGACGGGGAGUUGUUUGUUUCUUCUCUGUGUAAAAGAAAAAUGGCCGACUGCUUCGUAACGAAGUCUCUGAUGUUCCUGAGUAUUCAGGUCUGUCUUAAUAAAUCUGUUUGUUUUCCAAACCUC